AUGAGUACUGGGUUAAGUAGAUUAUUAGAAAUAGGAAUAUUCGUUGGAAGUUUUGUUUUAAUUUGGUAUUUAACAGGAGAAAAGCUUUUUAAAAAAAAACGAAGAAUUGUAAAAGAUAAUAUUUUACUAAUAUUACGACACUUAUGUUUUGAAAUAUAUAAAGUACUAAAUGAGAGUUCAAAAACAACUAAGCAAGUAUAUGAUAUGAUAAAAAGUGAUCCUAACGCAGCUAUAGAUGUAAGCAAAUUAGAAGAAGCUAUACUUAAUCAAGGUUAUAAAAAGAAAAUAGAAGAUGUAGAAAAACAAGUAUUAGAUAAAUUUAAUGUAACUGCAGAUGAUUUUUAUGACGAAUUAAAAAAUUAUGAUAAAGAUGUAGAUAUUCAAAAAUCACUUAAUUCAAUCAAAAAGAUGUAUAAUGAAUCACUACUUGGAUUUACUCCUAAAUUACCAAGUAUAGAUGAAAAUAUAUCAAAAGAUGUGAUAAUAAAUUUAACUAAUUUAAUAUAUAAAGAAAAAAGAAAAAUAUAUAAAGCCAAAAUAGAUUCUAUGAUUAAACAAAAUGAAGAUUUUGAUGCAGAUGUAACUUUUUCAGAUCCAGAAUUUUUUGAUAAAUUGCAAAAAUCAACGGAACAUGUUGAAGAACAAAUUAUAAAUGAAAAUAGUGAUCUGAUUCCUAAUUUAUUUACAUUUAAAUAUCUUGUAAAUUAUUAUUCAAAUGAUAUUACUUUUGUACAAAAAAAAAAAUAUUUAGAAUCAAAGCAUGGUGAAAAAAUGAUUAAAAUUUUAAAAAUUAAAAAAAAUAAAAAACAAAAAAAAAAAAGUAAUAAAGAUUAUAAUAGUAGUGUACAUACACAAAGUCAAAUAUCAUUACCUGACCAUCUUAAUUCAGAUAAAAAUGAAUCUUCUAAAUCUUUGAAUAUAAUUCAUGAUUAUGAUAAUAAAAAUAAAAAUAUCUUUGAUACAAAUGUAGAACCCACUAAUUUUCCUGAUCAAAUUAGUGUAGAAAUUAAACAAAAUGAACAUGAUAUUAAUUUUGAAACUACUAAGAAAGGAUGGGGAAGAAGCUUAAACGAAAUAAAACCCGAUAAUGAUCAGAGCGUUUCAUUUAGUAGUAUCCCUGAAGAAUAUAUAAAUAAUAUUGAUGAUUUUUCUGUGAAUAAGGAAAUUGAUCAAGACCCACAAGAUAGUGACAUUACCACAAACGACAAUGCAUUAGAACCCAAAAUUAUUGACUCUGAAGAAAACCCAGAGCAGAGCGAAAAGCCACACGAAAGCGACGCUCCUAGCGAAGCCGAUGUGGAAGUGGAAGCAGCAGUAGAAGUAGAGGCGCCAGUAGAAGCUGAAGCACCAGUAGAAGCUGAAGCACCAGUAGAAGCUGAAGCACCAGUAGAAGUAGAAGGACCCGUAGAAGUAGAAGGACCCGUAGAAGCUGAAGUACCAGUAGAAGCUGAAGUACCAGUAGAAGCUGAAUCACCAGUAGAAGAUGAAGUACCAGUAGAAUCAGAAGUAGUUGUAGAAGCUGAAGCACCCGUAGAAACUGAGGUACCAGCAGAAUCAGAAGUAGCUGUAGAAGUAGAAACUGAAUCACCAGCAGAAGCUGAAGUACCAAUAGAAGCUGAAUCACCAAUGGAAGCUGAAUCACCAGUAGAAGUAGAAGCAGCAGUAGAAGUAGAGGUGCCAGUAGAAGCUGAAGUAGCUGUAGAAACUGAAGCACCCAUAGAAUCAGAAGCAGUAAUAGAGUCUGAAGUACCAAUAGAAGCUGAAUCACCAGUAGAAGUAGAAGCACCAGUAGAAGCUGAAUCACCAGUAGAAGCUGAAUCACCAGUAGAAGCUGAAUCACCAGUAGAAGCUGAAUCACCAGUAGAAGCUGAAUCACCAGUAGAAGUAGAAGCACCAGUAGAAGCUGAAUCACCAGUAGAAGUAGAAGCACCAGUAGAAGAUGAAUCACCAGUAGAAGUAGAAGCACCAGUAGAAGAUGAAUCACCAGUAGAAGUAGAAGCACCAGUAGAAGAUGAAAUACCAGUAGAAGUAGAAGCACCAAUAGAAGUAGAAGCACCAGUAGAAGCUGAAGCACCAGUAGAAGUAGAAUCACCAGUAGAAGCUGAAUCACCAGUAGAAGCUGAAUCACCAGUAGAAGCCGAAUCACCAGUAGAAGCUGAAUCACCAGUAGAAGCUGAAUCACCAGUAGAAGCACCAGUAGAAUCAGAAGUACCAGUAGAAGCAGCUGAAGCUGAAGAUGGGAAAAAAACUGCAAACGACGGGGAAGCUGCGAGCGUAGAAAAUAGCGAAGGCAAUGAUAAACAUAGUAAUGGUGGUCAAGAAGUAGAAACCGCAACUAAUUCGGAAACAGGAACAGAAAACAGUUAUGAAACAAAAGGAUCCGAAGCCAAAAAAAAAAAAAAAAGUUUUAGAUUUUUGAAAAAGAAUAAAAAGUAA